AUGAUUAUUGGCUAUGGAAUUCACGGGAUGGGACUGGAAGCCAUUUCACUUUUCCAGAAUAUGCUGGUUGUUGACCAAAAGCCAGAUGAUGUAACCUUCAUUGGUCUAUUAUCUGGUUGUGGCCAUGCAGGACUUGUUGGUGAAGGGAUGCAGGGUUUAGAAGAUGCCUACAAAUUGAUUCAGGAGAUGCCAUUAGAAUCUGAUAGUUUGGGACCUGAAGGUACAAGAAAUUUUGUACUGUUAUCGAACAUAUACAGCACUGAUGGUAGAUGGGAUGAUACUGCAGUUAUGCAGAAGAGUUUGGGUUUCAAGAAGAUCCCAGGAAGUAGUUGGAUUGAAGUAGAUGGAGUUAUUCAUGCAUUCCUUGGUGGAGAUCAAUCUCACCCUGAGUCGGCUAAAAUAAACGCUAAACUGCUGCAACUACGAGCAGAAAUGAAAAAGUUGGGGGAUUCUGCAGAGGCUAAUUUUGUUUAUCAAGAUGUUGAAGAGGAAGAGAAGGAACACAUCCUCCUUUACCACAGUGAGAAGCUUGCGGUGGCAGUUGGUUUGCUUAAUAUGCAUGGGAGAAGUCUAACUUCAGUCACCAAGAAUUUACGAGUGUGCGGAGAUUGACACAGUAUUGAAAAUUAUAAUCACUGUCACAGAGGCAGAUCAUUUUGAGGGGUACAGUUCGGUUUCACCAUUUCUCUAAUGGUAAACGUAGCUGCGGAAAUUUUUGGUAACAAAGAAAGGAGAAAGAACUCAUCGUGAUGUUAAUGAUUUACCCUGAACCGUUGAGUUCGUUCUUCCCCCAACUGCUUUUGGAUCUUAU